AUGGAGAAUGAAAACAAUGUGACAGAAUUCAUUCUUUUGGGACUUACACAGAAUCCAGGGAUGCAGAAAAUAAUAUUUGUCGUGUUUUUAGCCGUCUACAGCGUUACUGUGAUUGGCAACUUGCUCAUCAUGGCAACCAUAAACAGCAGCAAGACUCUUGGCUGUCCCAUGUACUUUUUUCUUAAUCAUUUGUCCUUCAUAGAUAUGAUUUAUUCUUCUUCCUCAGCUCCCAAACUGAUUGCAGACUCCAUCCGGGAGAAGAACACCAUCUCCUUUGAAGGAUGCAUGACCCAGGUCUAUGCAGAACAUAUCUUUGGAGGUGCUGAGAUCCUCCUCCUCACAGUGAUGGCCUACGAUCGCUACGUGGCCAUCUGUAAGCCUCUGCACUACCCGACCAUUGUCAAUAGGCGGUUAUGCAGGCUGCUGGUGGGGGUCAUUUGGAUGGGGGGGAUUCUUCACGCAACGAUCCAGAUUCUCCUCACGGUUAGAUUGCCAUUCUGUGGCCCCAAUGUGAUCGAUCACUUCAUGUGUGAUCUGUACCCUUUGCUGAAACUCGCCUGCAGCGACACCCGAAACCUCGGUCUCUUUGUAGCGGCCAAUAGCGGGUUGAUCUGCUUGUUCAAUUUCUUCCUGUUGACGCUUUCCUAUGUCAUCAUCUUACGCUCCCUGAAAACUCACAGCUUGGAAGGGAGACGCAGAGCCCUCUCCACCUGCAUCUCCCACAUCACUGUUGUUGUCUUAUCCUUUAUUCCCUGCAUAUUUGUGUAUAUGCGACCCAUGACCACUUUGCCUGUGGAUAAAACCGUGGCUGUGUUUUAUACCGUGGUAGCCCCCAUGCUAAACCCCCUAAUCUAUACGCUGAGAAAUGCAGAGGUGAAAAAUGCCAUGAGGAAACUAUGCAGAAGAAAAGUGUCAAGCCACAAGAUAAAUGGUCCAAAAUGA